AAUGUGCAGAGCUGCCACUUGGCCCCUCUAGGGAGUGAAUGGGAAAUUAAGAGUUAACAGGAAACUAAAAUCCAAAUAAAAACCUUGCCCCACCCUGUAUGAGAAAGAGAGAUAAAACAAGUCCAACUGGUUCUAGAGAGAGAGAGUAAAGUUCAGUUUCAUUUCUUGUUCCUGAGUUCAGUGAUGGCGGCUGCUGAUCUGAGAGACGAGCUGACCUGCUCCAUCUGCUUGAGCAUUUAUACUGAUCCUGUAUCCCUGCCGUGUGGCCAUAACUUCUGCCGGGGCUGUAUUGAGAAGGUGCUGGAUACCCAGGAGGGAUCUGGGGCUUAUUCCUGCCCUGAAUGCAGACAGGAGUUUAAGGAGCGCCCUGCCCUGCCCAGGAACAGAACUCUGGGUAACAUCGCAGAGAGAUUCCGUCCAACUGAGAUAGAGCCGGGGGGGACUGGGAUCUUCUGCACCUACUGUGUCCUCUCUCCUGUACCUGCUGCUAAAUCCUGUCUCCUGUGUGAGGCUUCUCUGUGUGAUACCCACCUGAGGGGGCACAGCAAGUCAGCAGAACAUGUACUGACCCAACCCACCGACUCCUUUAUGGAGAGAAAAUGUUCUGUACAUCACAAGGUUCUGGAGUAUUUCUGCUGUGAGGAGUCUGUCUGUGUCUGUGUGUCCUGCUGUCUGGCCGGAGAGCACAGGGGCCACAGGGUGGAGCUGCUGAGUGAGGCCUCUGAGAAGAAGAAAGAGAAACUGAGGAAAGUUAUGAAGAAACUGAGGCCAGAGAGAGAGGAGACUGAGAGAGGAGCCCAGAGACUGCAGGAGCGCAGGAGAGAAGUGGCAGAAAAAGCAGCUGGUGAGACAGAGAGAGUCACUGCCCUGUUUAGAGACAUCAGGGAACAGCUGGAAGCCCUAGAGAAGCGACUCCUGAGUGACAUCUCCAGCCAGAAAGAGAAGCUCUCACUCACACUCACUGAUCUGAUGGAGCAGCUGGAAAUAAAGAAGGACGAGCUGUCCAGGAAGAUCCGUCACAUUGAGGAGCUGUGCAACAUGGCAGAUCCACUCACUGUCCUACAGGAACGGGAAUCACAUGGAGCUGCAGAUAAUGAGGGGGGCAGAGAGAGACAUGAUAUAAAGGUCCCUGCUGUAGGGGAUCUGGAUGUGGAUCUGAUCUCAGAGACAUUACUCACAGGCUUAGCUGCCAUUGUGACUGGGGGAAAGGGAAGGUGGAUCUAUGAGCAGAAGGCUACAGACCUGUUACUGGAUAUAAACACGGCUCAUAAUCUUGUAUCUGUAUCAGGGGACAGGAAAUCUGCUUCCUACUCACUAACAAAACUACAUUACCCACAAUCCCCAGACAGAUUUCAGGAUUAUUCUCAGACUUUAAGCAGCAGGAGUUUCCCCUCGGGGCGACAUUACUGGGAAGUGGAGGUCAGUGAAUCAGGGGAGAGGAGGGUAGGGGUGGCCUAUCCCAGUAUAGAGAGGAGAGGGGUUCAGUCCUGGAUUGGGAAUAAUAACAAGUCCUGGUGUUUAUGCAAAUGGGAUAAUAAAUAUUCAGUGAGACAUGACAGUAAAGACACACGGUUACCCCAUGUCCCUUCCUGCAGGAGAAUUAGGAUCUCACUGGACUAUGAGGCCGGACGUCUGUCCUUUUAUGAGCUGAGUGAGCCAAUCAGACACUUACACACCUUCACUGCCAAAUUCACUGAGCCCCUUCAUGCUGCAUUCUGGGUAUGGGAUGUUAACUCUUGUGUGAGAAUCAUUAGUUAGGACCCAUUCUCAGAGUUGUCCCUACCCUGUGAUACAGGAGCCAGUGACUGAGUUGCUAUUAUGUAUGUAAAUACCAUUAAUUGCAUUUUACAUUUUUAAAAAUAUUAAGCAUGUUGUCUGGGCUCCAAAAUGGGGUGCAGAGACCUGUGUUGCCCCAAUGAAUACAGUGACACCAUGACCAGUGUUGGACUGGCCCACCAGCAUACUAGGAAAAGUCCUGUGGGCCCCCUGCUCCAUUGUGCCUUGUAUGUCUGUAUCUAACUCAUUCCUCUUUUCUGUAUAAGAACAAAGAGCAGAAAUGGGGAGAAGAGACUGGGAGAAUGAAGACACAGAGUGAGGAGAAGAGGAAAAUAAUGGGAGAGUGGGGACUGGGCCUUUGGUCUUCGGUUUUCUGGUUGGUCCCUGGCGCCCCAUUCUGACACCAGCCAUGACUGACAGGUGGGGAGGGUCCUUUUGCACCCCUAAAAGCUUCUGCAGUUCUGCAGAUGCAGGUUGAGAGUGUUGCUCUAUUAAAUAAUGGUACCAGUAUGGUUGUAACAGAUACAGAAUAAGCAAAUGUGUUAAAUCAGUUCUUUUCUUCAGUGUAUACAAUAGAGGAGUGUGAGUUCCUAGGUUCACUCUCUUGUCCCUCAUUAAAUCUGUUCAGGUACUUUACAUCAUGUUCUUGCUUAGUAGAAGCAACUACUAGCAGACUUUAUUCCAAAUGGUAGCCGAUUGAAUUUGUAGCACCCCAAAGGUGUGUUAAAGGUACACAACAAUGAUUAUUGUUCAUCUAGAGUGACUUGCCAGUACCCGUCCUUCUCAUCCAGUAUGGUAAAAAAAAAAAAAUUCCAAUUAGUUUGGAUCGCACAUCAUCAGGUGUAGGAAUUUAAAAAUGUUUUUUAUAGCUUUGUUAAGAUCUCUGGGAUCCAAGCAGACUCUGAGGUUUCCAUUUUUCUGUUAUUACAAGACUGUUCUCCCAGGCUGUAGGUACAGUCGCAGGACUCACAACUCCUGUCUCUUUAAGUUCUGAAAGCGUUUGCUUAAAUCUGUCUAUGAUGGUAUAGGGAAUUUUCCUACAACCAUGUAUGACACGUGGCACCGUAGAGUCUACACAUAUGUGAUGUUUUCCUGGGAAACAACCAAGUUCAGGGUAUUUUGUUAUUGUCUUUUUUAGUUGCAGGUGAUUUUAUAUUCACCGUGUCUAUUCUCUGAAUGAGCUGUAGAUCUUCACAUGAUUUCGUUCCUAAAAUAAGUGUUGUAUUUUUCAUUUUCUUUGUUGCCCUUUUUCCACCACUUCUAAAGUUGUGCAGCCUCUAGGAAUCAGUUUUGUAUCUGCAUAGGAAACUAAAACCGUGGUAGUUGGUUGAAUUUUCACAAAAGUAGACAGAGUAUUAACCGUUGUAAUUGAUAAUACAUUAGCUUCUGCUCCAAUAUCUAGCUUAAAUGUAACUGUAUUUUCUCCAGUGAUAAUUUGUAUACCAGGCAUGAUCCAGUUUCUGGGCCUGUGUACAUUUAUUUGCUGCCUGUGAGACACCAAUAAACAGAGAGUCUAUUUCCUUCUUUUUAUUCUUUUUCAAAAGAUGAUUUUUUAUUCUGCAGCACAAAAUGCAUUUGCAUUUCCACUGCAUUUGUGACAUGUUGCCCCAUAAGUCUCUUUAAUUCUGCAGAUUGACUCAGCUUUCUCUAAUGGUAAAUCAGGAUCAGCUAAAAGUUACUCUUUUAGUGUAGGAUUGGUAAUGCUGAACCCAAUUUUAUCUCUGAGCAUGAGAUCUUCUGUGUAGGCUUGGGCGAAUUUGACCCAUUUUUUUUCACCAAAAAUCCGCCGCCAGCGAAAUGGCACCAGCGGCCAUUAAAGUCUAUGGGCGUUUAAUUUUCUUUGACCCGCAGCAAAUUUUAUCUCAUGCGCGUCAUUUUUUUUGGACGCAAAAUCCCAUACAAGUCUAUGGCCAUCAAUUUCGCGGCGAAACAAGUUGAAAAAAUGUGCCCAUCCCGACUUCUUUGUCUUUUAACUCACAAUCUUUUGCUUUCAAUUUCAGCUCUGUCAGAAACGUGUCUAUACCCCAGUGUGUGGCAUGGGUUGUGUCCAGAACUGAUAUCUCUCAAACACACUGUUUUCUCUAGGAUGGAUUGCAGCGCUUUCUGAAAUGUGCCAGCAGUUCAUUCAUAGUGGGUGCUUCAGGAGUCUCAUAUACCACAUUCAUAGUAUUAUACAGCUCCUGGAUAUUUGGAAGCACCAGUUGCAGUCAGAUACAGCUGUCAUUUCUCUUCCCACCAUUCUCCAGUUUUCACUGAGGUUGCCAGAAAAUAUUAAAGGACUUGGAGGUUUAAACUGCUCCAUUCUUAGGCAGGCACACAAUCUUCUAUCUGUAUUAAUAUCCCUUGUAGUAAACAAUAUAUUCUCAG